AUGUCCCGGCCAAGCGGUCGGCCUGCCCAGCAAUUAGCCGGCAACCUACCUACUCCAAAGCAAGCCAAGCCAAGCCAAAUCCUCCGCGUACCUACGGAUACACAGCGACAAUCUCGUGUCGGUGAUAAACCCCGCCAGUCGCUGUUCUCUCAUGUUAUUGCUCUGGUUAAUGCGGUGUAUUGGUCCACAUCUACGGCACAAAAUGCCGUUGCAUUUCCAUUAGUUGCGUCGCUCACAAUAUCAAAGGAUCCGCCCAUGGCUGGCUAUCUGCUUUGCGACCAGGUUCCUAUCUUGGCUUUCGGAGCAAUUACCAAGUUCCGAUUACCCGUGGAUUCUGGCUUCUCAGAUUUUGAGUUGUGUACGCGCUCCCAAUGA